AUGGGCCCUCCUCCCGGACCAGCAAAUACGCAGAAUAUAUAAUGGCCACCUCGCCUCUGGCCUGCUCCCCGCACGCCGUUUCUCCCGCCCUCCGCGAACAGCACAUCCACAUACCAACACUAAGUCGAAGGCAGCAUGGCCAGCGCGAUCUCCGGCGCCGUGAAACACGCGUUUGGGGCUGCGACACAGAAUGCAAAGAUUGCGGACCUUCAGAGCGAUAUCAUCGACCCCGCGUCCAUGCCCAACAAGGGCCUCACCACAGACUAUGGAAUCUACGUGUCGGACACGGAUAACUGGCUGAAGGUUCAGGAUGGCAUCAACACUGGCCCAAAUCUUCUUGAAGACCAAAUCGCGCGCGAGAAGAUCCACAGAUUCGACCAUGAGCGUAUCCCGGAGCGUAUAGUCCACGCCCGUGGUUCAGGCGCGCACGGCUACUUUAAGGUGUUCGACGACCGCGCGAAGAAGUAUACACACGCACCCGUCCUCACCGACUCUUCGCGCACCACGCCCGUCUUCGCGCGCUUCAGCACCGUGCAGGGCUCGCGCGGCAGCGCAGACACUGUUCGCGACGUCCGCGGAUUUGCGGUCAAGCUCUACACCGAGGAGGGCAACUGGGACAUUGUCGGGAACAACAUGCCAAUCUUCUUCAUCCAGGAUGCGAUUAAGUUCCCCGACUUUGUGCAUGCCGUCAAGCCCGAGCCGCACAACGAGGUGCCCCAAGGCCAGAGCGCGCACAACAACUUCUGGGACUUUUGUGGGCUCCAGCCUGAGUCGGCGCACAUGGUGAUGUGGGCCAUGUCCGACCGUGCCAUCCCCCGCUCGUUCCGUAUGAUGCAGGGCUUUGGUGUCAACACUUACAAGUUGCUGAAUGCCCAGGGCGAACGCUUUUUCGUCAAGUUCCACUGGCUCCCGGAGCUUGGUGUCCAUAGUUUUGUCUGGGACGAGGCGCUCAAGAUUAACGGCCAGGACCCUGAUUUCCACCGUAAGGAUCUCCAAGAAGCCAUUGAGAACGGCGCAUUUCCCAAGUGGACAUUCGCGAUCCAGACGAUCCCCGAGUCGAAAGAGCACGACUUUGAAUUCGACAUCCUCGACGCGACAAAGGUGUGGCCCGAGGAGCUCGUGCCGCUCGAGGUGAUCGGCGAAAUGACGCUCAACAAGACGGUCGACGAGUUCUUCACCGAGACGGAACAGGUCGCAUUCUGUACAUCGCACGUCGUGCCGGGCAUCGGUUUCAGCGACGACCCGCUCCUGCAGGGCCGCAAUUUUUCGUACUUUGAUACGCAGAUUACACGCCUGGGCGUGAACUGGGAGGAGCUUCCGAUCAACCGCCCGGUGUGCCCUGUGCUCAACCAUAACCGCGAUGGCGCGAUGAGAAGGAGAAUAACUAAAGGCGAGGUAAACUACUGGCCGAACAGGAAGGAAGUUGGAGCCCCCGUACCGAUCAGCGAGGGAGGUUAUGCCGACUUUGCACAGAAGAUUGUAGGUAUCAAGCAGCGCGUGCGCAGCAAGAAAUUCCAGGAACACUUCAACCAGGCACAACUCUUCUACAACUCGCUCACACCAUACGAGAAGGCACACCUCGUGAGCGCGUUCUCGUUCGAGCUCUCACACUGCGACGACCCGGUCGUGUUCGAAACGUACACGAAGCUGCUGAACAACGUCGACUUUGAGCUCGCGAAGCAGGUCGCGAUCAACGUCGGCGGCAUCGUGCCCGAGAAGCCGCUGCGCGAGAACCAUGGGAAGAGCACGCCGACGCUCUCGCAGGUGUAUUACGCGCCCAAGGAGCCGACAAUCGUCUCGCGACGCAUUGCGAUUCUCGUCGCGGACGGGUUCAAUCUCGCGGAGGUCGAGGCGCUGCGCGCCGCAUUCAAGCUCGGCCAGGCGACGACGUGGAUCAUUGGCCCGCGCCGCGGAUUGGUGUACCCCGCGGGUCAGGUCGUCGGCAAGGGCGCAGGCGUUUGGGCGGACCAUCACUAUGAGGGCCAGCGCAGCACGCUGUUUGACGCGGUCAUUGUACCGAGCGGCGCUGAGCAUGCACAAAAGCUCGCGCAGAAUGGACGGGCGAUUCACUGGGUUCGGGAGGCAUUCGGGCACUGCAAGCCCAUCGGUGCCACUGGCGAAGGUGUCGCGUUCAUCCGUGAGGCGGUGCAGCUCCCGGGAGUGCAGUUCACGAACAAUUUGAACAGCGGCUCAGUAGUAAGCUCGUACGGCGUCGUCACCACGGGCAAGUAUGAUGCAGGGUCGGCCGCAACGGACACGCUCAAGAUCGCGCAGGGCGAGGAGAAGGGCUUCGUGUCCAACUUUGCGUAUGAGAUCAGCAAACACAGGUGCUACGAGCGCGAGAUAAACGGGCUUACGUCGAGGGUGGCAUACUGAGCGGAUGUGAAUGUGUACGCGAAGGUUUAAGGAGCGAGAAAAAAGAAUCUGUACGAUACAGUGCUCGACUUAUAUGUACUAACGAAUGUAUCAUCUCUGUAGUAUGCUGUCCAUAUAUAUAUUGAUUCAGUGAAUGUAAAGGACCAAAAAUUGUACCAGUAGCCCAC